CGGUUCUUCUCUUUCUUCCUCCUAUAAAUACCUUCUUCUACUCUUUCCUCUCUUCAUCAUUGUGUCUGUACUGUAAUCGCAUUGCGAAUUUGGGAAUUUCUUUCUUUUGUUAGUCUUUGAAGCAGCUCUGCUUCUUCUUGUUUUUCUCAGCUUUUUAGGCGGCACAAGCAGAGGAAGAUGACGGUGGGUGCAGGGAUUACGGUGGCGGAUCGGAAGUUGGUGGUUUUAGGGAAUGCUGUUUUGCAUGAUGUUCAUGAUAAUAUUGAGAUAACACCAGCUGCUGGAGAUGCUUUUGUCAAUGGAGCUUUCAUUGGUGUCCGAUCUGAUCAAAUUGGCAGCCGCAAGGUCUUCCCUGUUGGAAAGCUCGAAGGAUUGCGAUUCAUGUGUGUUUUCCGGUUCAAGUUAUGGUGGAUGACGCAGAGGAUGGGAAAUUGCGGUCAGGAUAUCCCUUUUGAGACUCAAUUUUUGAUUGUGGAAGCACGGGAUGGUUCUCACUUUGACGGGGGAGAUGAGCAAUCUGCAGUAUAUGUUGUCUUCUUGCCAAUUCUUGAGGGAGAUUUCAGGGCUGUUCUUCAAGGAAAUGAGCGAAAUGAAUUGGAGAUUUGUCUAGAAAGCGGAGAUCCUGCUGUUGAGGAAUUUGAAGGUAGUCAUUUAGUUUUUGUAGCUGCUGGAGCAGAUCCUUUUGAUGUCAUCACAAAUGCAGUCAAGACUGUGGAGAGACAUUUGCAGACUUUUUCUCAUCGAGAGAGAAAGAAGAUGCCAGACUUGCUGAAUUGGUUUGGGUGGUGUACAUGGGAUGCUUUUUACACUGAUGUCACUGCAGAGGGUGUGAAGCGAGGAUUAGAAAGCUUAUCUAAAGGUGGAAUUUCUCCUAAGUUUGUUAUAAUUGACGAUGGAUGGCAAUCUGUUGGAAUGGAUCCCACUAGUAUUGAGGCCAAAGCUGAUAACACUGCCAACUUCUCAAACAGAUUAACACAUAUCAAAGAGAAUCACAAAUUCCAGAAAAAUGGCAAAGAGGGUCAGAGAGUAGAGGAUCCUGCUUUGGGACUUCGCCAUAUUGUCACUGAAGUGAAAGAACAUCAUCGUCUCAAGUAUGUUUAUGUGUGGCAUGCAAUAACAGGAUAUUGGGGAGGUGUAAAACCUGGUGUAAAUGAAAUGGAGCACUAUGAAUCCAAGAUGACUUUCCCAAUUUCAUCUCCUGGGGUUCAAUCAAAUGAGCAUUGUGAUUGUUUGCAAAGCAUCACGAAGAAUGGCCUUGGACUUGUGAACCCUGAGAAAGUUUUUAACUUCUACAAUGAACUUCACUCAUAUCUUUCAUCUGCUGGUAUUAAUGGUGUCAAAGUUGAUGUUCAGAAUAUCCUUGAAACUCUUGGGGCAGGCCAUGGUGGAAGAGUGAAACUUGCUAGAAAAUACCAUCAAGCACUUGAGGCAUCAAUUGCUAGAAAUUUCCCAGACAAUGGAAUCAUUUCUUGUAUGAGUCACAACACAGAUGGUUUGUACAGUGCUAAGAGAACAGCUGUUAUAAGGGCAUCAGAUGAUUUCUGGCCAAGAGAUCCAGCAUCACACACAAUUCAUAUUGCAUCAGUUGCUUAUAACACUGUUUUCCUUGGAGAAUUUAUGCAGCCAGACUGGGACAUGUUUCAUAGCUUACAUCCGAUGGCUGAGUAUCAUGGAGCAGCUCGUGCAGUCGGAGGAUGUGCCAUUUACGUUAGUGACAAGCCUGGACAACACGACUUUAAUCUACUGAAGAAGCUUGUAUUACCUGAUGGUUCUAUAUUGAGGGCCAAACUUCCAGGAAGACCCACAAGGGAUUGCUUAUUUUCUGAUCCUGCUCGGGAUGGAAAGAGUCUCCUGAAGAUAUGGAAUCUGAAUGAUUUCAAUGGAGUGUUGGGUGUCUUCAACUGCCAAGGAGCUGGAUGGUGUAAGGUGGGAAAGACAAACCUUAUCCAUGAUGAAAAUCCUUGUACUAUUACUGGUUCCAUUAGAGCUAAAGAUGUUGAUUAUCUACCGAAAGUUGCUGAUCACGGAUGGAAUGGAGAUAGUGUUAUAUAUUCUCAUCUCAGUGGAGAUGUAAUUUAUGUUCCUAAGGAUGUGACACUGCCAAUUACAUUGAAAUCUAGAGAAUAUGAUGUUUUCACAGUGGUUCCCGUAAAGGAAUUAUCCAGUGGGGCUAAAUUUGCCCCCAUAGGUCUACUCAAGAUGUUCAAUUCAGGAGGGGCUAUUAAGGAGUUGAAAUAUGAUUGUGAGACAAGUCCAGCUGUGAAUAUCAAAGCUCGUGGGUGUGGCCUGUUUGGAGCAUAUUCAUCUGCUCGACCGAAGAAGAUAACGGUUGAUUUCAAGGAAGUGGAGUUUGAGUAUGAAGAAGGUUGUGGUUUGAUCACUCUUCAUUUGAGAGUUCCUGAGGAAGAAUUGUACUUCUGGAACAUUGCAAUAGAUGUGUAGAAACUGAAAAGGUAAAUAACUCUCGCGGGAAAUAGAUGGGAAGGACCAAGGGGCAUCUUGUAUUGUCAUAAUUGAAGGGGGGGGAUCAUGCGGACUUCUUUUUCUCUAGUCAGCACGCUUUCUCCUCUUAACAUUGUGAAAUAAUUUUGCAGUCAAUGCCAUUAUAUUCAUUUCUGUAGCAAUUAAAUAAUAAUUAUAUCA